AUUACAUUCGAAAGGAAAUUUACUUUGUGCUUUCCAUAGAUUGAUGUGUAACAAAGAAACAAUUUGAAGCAUACUUUUAGGUCAUUUUAAUUUGAGGCGACGUUUGGCGGUUAGAUUGUGUAAACAGAAUUUCCAAAUAUAGAUGUAAUGGCAAAUAUCGACGAAACAGAACGUGAAUCAGAUGAUGAUUCCGAGAUUUAUUUUUUGAAACCAGUUAACGAAUACAAUAUCGUGGAGAAAAUUAAAGAAGCAAACAAGGAACUAUUUGCACAUGAGAAUCUUGCAUUGGCGAAUGGCGAAGAGAAUAAUGAAAAUGUUAUCAACAAUUUGGCCAUAAAUCGUAAGGUGAGCUUCGCGGCCAAUUUAGAAGAAUAUGAACCGCAAGACGGAACAAUUAGUACGGAGCAACUUUUAGAUAAAUUAAUCGAGGAAUCGAAUGAAAACAAUUGUCUUAGCAAAUUAGAAGUUAUUGUAGAAGAAUCUCACCAAGAAGAAGAACUGACAGACGAAUCAAUUCCAACGAUAGAUAGCAUAACUCAAUCUGUCGAAUUAACCGAAAAUCUUAUCGAGAUUUUCGAUGAGACUACUAAAGAAUUAAAAAAAUCCCCUGAGGAUGUUAUAGUUGAUGAAAUUUGUGAAGAAAUCAUUGUCAUGGAUAUAGAAAACGAUAACAACUCGGAGCAAAGCGAAACUACACCACGACCCAAAAGUUCGUCGUCAUUUCAAAAGAAGAUUUUAAAACAAAUCACUUUCGAUUGCGAUGACAACGAAUUCGAUAACGAAAGUCUAACGAAUCUUUUAAUAUCGAACGAUAUCGACGAUAGAGACAAUGUAGAUAAUAAUGAUAAUGACGAUUAUAAUUGUAAUGAGUCAGUUUGCGAGGAGGAAAGCGAAGAUGAUGAAUUUGUAAAACCGAAUCCUCAAACUAAUAACAGUUCAGAGAAAUUUUUUAUGCAAAAUAUUAACGAUAAUAACGACGAGAACGAUGAGAACGAUGACGAUGACGAUCAACUUUCUAUAAUUGUAGCUUCUUAUAUACCUGAUAGCUAUAACAAUUGUGAUCAGACUUCAUUGACCACAACUGAGUGUUCUUUACAGCAAACCCAUAAUAAUGGGCAAAAUAAAUUAUCAUUUGGUAGACAUUUCCCGUUUCGGCGUACAACGAACACUUCUCCAAUUCGUACGUCGAAGCACAAAUCAAGUAAGCAUAUUAAACCGCCACCCGAAGUCACUGACUUAAAACUCCAUUAUAAAGUAUGCUGCGAAUAUAAACACACUCAGCAGAGAUUACCUAAGUACACCGGCUAUCUCUCCGAAUACGGUUUGUCACGUGAGCAGCUAAUAGAACGUGAGCGUAAAUUGCAACAUAAACAUCGUUCGCUCUUGCAGCAAACAUUAAAAACCACUGAAGCGGAAGUUCGCAAAAUGCAUGAGAAUGAGCGAGCAUUCGUAAAAUGGCUGAAAAAUAAGAUGCGUUUCCCCAUCAAUAGAACGCGAAAUAUGUUCGAUGUUAAGCGUCCAUUUGGCGGCAUCAAAAAGAUUAACAAUGUUAAUGGCAAUGAUGAAAUUAACGCGAAUGGAUCGCUAAUAAAUCAACAUAAACUCAUAAGGAAGCGUCAUAGUGCCAGCGGCUCGAAAAUUAAUGAAAACUGAAACCA